AUGGACACUGCCUCUGGUCAUCGGACGGUAAAGGAAGCAGUGGAGUCGGUGUUCACUCUGUACGAAGGGAAUGAAGCCGUAGUGAAGGAGAAAAAGGAAGUGAUCAAAAACAGUGUGGGAAUUCAGUCGACUGAAGGAGCAGCAGGUGCAGCAGCAACACCUGAGGUUUCUGGCCUUAAAAAUGUGACAGAGGUCACAAAGCAGCACAUUAAGGAAUGUGUCUUGAAAGAGUCUGAAGGAGAAUUAAAAUUAACUCCAGAAGAACAGAAAGAAAUUGAAAAACUAAAGAUGGACAUGUGUGAAAAAAUACUGAUCGUCACACCAGAUUAUCAAAUGGACAAGAAAGUGGACAAGGAACUGUACAAGGACGAGCGAAGGACUAAGAGAGGAGCGCAUGUCUUUAAUAAUGACUUACUGAAAUUUCAUCACAAAGUUCUGCAAAAGUUUAUACAAAAAUAUCAAUUUUUUAAUCUUCAAGGAUACAAUAAAGAGGAAAUAGAAGAAUUCAGCAGCCACACACUUUCCCAGGAAACAACAAUGGAGAUACAGAGAAACAUGGUAGUGCACUUUGACCAUGAGGAUCUGUACAUAAACACUAAUGGAGUAUUGUAUGGCACAUUUCAGGAAGAGCUAUGUGACGCAUUAUUGAAUGUGCUGGGACACAUAAACCCAGAGGACGUGACAGAAGCAGAUAAAGAACGGCUAAAUGAUCUGAUAAAUUACAUGAACAGAUUAGAAAUUUAUGUUGACCAAAUUGCAAAAGAAAAGUGGAUUGGGACUCAAAUGAAUCACAGGUAAAGAGCAAAAAAGACUCGGUUUGAUGUGGUAAAACACCAGGUAGCAACAAUGUACGAGACUGAUCGUGGUUUGGAGUGGAGCCUGGAGAUUUUGGGUAGGGUUGCACCUUUGUUUGGACAAAGACAGUAAUUUUAGUUCCUGUUUAUAGUGUUGUUGUAAGUGUUC